CCGGGUCGAAUAUAGGGUAUACGCAUCGAGAUUCAAGAGAUUUUCGAGGAAUUGCUCGUGAUAUCACCACGAAUGAAUACAUCGAGUAGGAAUCCAACAUAAAACCUCGCCGCACUUGCUAGCAUGAGAGGCCUUGCCGUUUUCACGCUUCGAUCAGGCUGACGAAUAAUCACUGGCGCUGAUCAUCGUCUCCAUAGGAACAUAAAAAGCAUGCAUCAUCAAUUGAUUCAAACCAUCAUCGUUUGUUCGUUUCUCUUGCCGAUAUCAACCUUCGCCGCACCGACAUUUCGAUCCGCGAAGCCCGGAUGCGAGCCCAAGUGCGGGAACGUGACCAUACCCUUCCCCUUCGGGCUCGGCCCAGUCGGAUGCUUCCUCGACGAGUGGUUCGAGAUCGACUGUGGCCGGAACGCCACUGUACCGGUCCUCCGGAAGCUUGACUUGCAGGUCCUCAACAUUUCCCUCCCGGCCUACUACACUGCCAACUCCACUGCCGCGUCGGAGACCUCCUACGGCCUCCAUGACGGCACGGUCAAAGUCUACCUCCCAAUCGUCCGACACCAAUGCGGUGGCGCCAGGCCGUCUCCUCCAAACGUGAGUCUGCGCUCCAGCCCGUACUCCUUCUCCCAGCCCGGCAACUUCUUCGCCGCUGUUGGAUGCAACAACCUUGCUGUGAUGGCGGAGACCGCCUCUGCCGUUGUCGGAUGCGCCUCCCACUGCGACGGAGGUGGCCUCGGGAACUUCAGCAACUGCUCCGGCGUCGGCUGCUGCAGGACCUCAAUCCCGUCGGGGCUCCAGGAGUUCGAUGUCAAGUUCAAGUGGAUCAGCGACCACGACACUGUUGCCGUCGGAGAGGAAUGUAAGCUCGCGUUCCUGGCGGAUAAGCAAUGGUUAGAGUUUAAUGAAUCGAAGGACCUGAGGAUGCUGAGAGAGAUGGAGUACGUGCCUGGAGUGUUGGAGUGGGGGAUUACGAAAGAGAUGGUGAGUGUGAUCGGAUUGAGUGGAAGAGAUUCGUCUGGCUGCGAGUAUUAUGGUGAACCGGAGAGUGAACGGUUCCCGAAAUUAUACAGGUGUUAUUGCAGGUCUGGUUACGACGGGAAUGCGUACCUUGCAGAUUGUCAAGAUGUCGACGAAUGCGAAGAUCCAACACUGAACAAUUGCCCUUGGAUGUGUGAGAAUCGGCCAGGGUCCUAUGAAUGUGUGGAUCGUGACUGGAUGGUUAGAUUUGUCGCUAUCGGCAUAGGCGUGGGCCUCGUUGCGAUAGCUUUGCUUCUUCUUCUAUGGAGGUUAUGCAGAGUAACGAAGAGGAGGAAGAGGCGAAAGCAAAAGGAAAGAUUCUUCAAGCGAAAUGGUGGUAUCUUACUGGAACAGCAACUUUCUUCCAGUGAAGGCGGCAAUCAUGUAAAAAAUGGAAAACUGUUCAACUCUAAGGAAUUAGAGAAGGCUACCAACAAUUUUAGUAAUGAGAGGAUACUUGGACAAGGUGGUCAAGGAACUGUUUACAAAGGAAUGCUGGAGGAUGGAAGAAUUGUUGCCAUCAAGAGAUCUUGUGGAAUGGUCGCCGAUGUGGGGAAAGUGGAGCAGUUCAUUAAUGAACUGGUCAUCCUGUCGCAGGUUAAUCAUCGAAAUGUGGUCAAGUUAUUGGGUUAUUGUCUGGAGACGCAACUACCUCUUCUUGUCUAUGAAUUUAUCCCCAACAAGACGCUUAGUCACUAUCUCCAUGACCCAAAAAACGAGCUUGUGCUUUCAUGGGAGAUGCGCUUGAGAAUUGCUGCUGAAGUUGCCGGGGCUCUUUCUUACUUGCAUUCUUCUGCAUCAAUACCGAUUUACCAUCGAGAUAUCAAGUCAACCAAUAUAAUGUUGGACGACAAGUACAGGGCAAAGAUAGUGGACUUUGGGAUUUCCAAAUUUGUUUCGAUCGACCAAACCCAUGUGACGACGCAAGUGCGAGGAACCUUCGGGUACCUUGAUCCAGAAUACUUCCAGUCAUGUCAGUUUACCGACAAAAGUGAUGUUUACAGUUUUGGUGUCGUCCUUGCGGAGCUCUUGACCGGUCAAAUGCCAAUCUCCAUAGUUAGGCCUGAAGAGUACAGAGGUUUGGCAACAUACUUUGUACUUUCCAUGGAGGAGAACCAUUUAGUUGAUAUUCUUGAUUCUGAAGUCUUGAAGCAAGGUAAGGAAGAAGAGAUCUUGGCAGUUGCUUACCUUGCAAAGAGAUGCUUAGACCUCCAGGGGAAGAGACGACCUUCAAUGAAGGAAGUAGUUAUGGAGCUGGAGAGGAUGGGAAUGUUGCGAAAUCCUUCCCGUAAUGUGCAAAACCACAGCGACAUUGACAUUUCGAGUAACAACACCAGCUGGGAUGAUGUUUGGACAUCCAUGACGUCAGAUCUAGAUGUGGAUCUAAUAUCAUUUCCGGAUGUUCAUCCACUUCUGGAUAUUGAAUCUUGGUGAGGAAUCAUCGUACCUAAGCGCUCGUGGACUGUAUGCCUAGAUUGUCCUUUUGCCAGCGUUAAGGUCAUUGUCGUUGGUUUUAGGAAGAAAUAAAGUUCUAUUAUUGGUUGAAAUUAGAAAUUCACAUGUAUUCCAUUGAUUUGGAUUUUUUUUUUGGCGAAUGUCCGAUGCGUGGCUAAUGAGGUGGAAUUUAGGUGCUGAAUAGUUAGUGCCAGCUUGUCCUUGAUCAGAAGAAUUAUUUAGUUCUUUCUCUUGUCAAGGAAGAUUUUUAAGAAUUGAUUCCUAGUAUUUGCCAUUUUCCAGGACAUCUGUUUUCUCGUAUGUCUUCUGUUUUUUCCCCUCUGAUAUGGCACUCUAUCCCUAGCUU